CUAGUUAUGCUAACGAAAUUGAAAAAAAUGAAGAAAAUGCAUUCAAAUGUUAUCUGUUAUCAUCCCAACUUGGGCUUCCAGAAGCGUUAUUUUUUGUAGAAAAAUGUUAUUAUAUGGGACAAGAUGUUAAAAAAAAUAAUAAGAAGGCGUUAGAAUAUUUCACAAAGGCUUAUAAUAACAACUAUUUUGCAGCUAAAUUUUUUAUGAAUGGAUGUAAACAGGAUGUGUUUAAAGAUGAAGAAAAUUUUAAGUUUUAA